AGCGUGCGACGCCGGCAUUACGUCAUGACGUUGUUGCUGGCGGUAUUUUUGUUUGGCAUAUACAGUGUUUAGUGCCAAAUUUCGGGUGUAGCAUAGCAUUCACUUAAAAGAAAAGCCAUUGAUGGUAAGUACCAUAGUGACUGUGUAAUUUGGGUUUACUGUGUGUUAUCGCCACAAAAUAUACACUCCAGCACCAUCAAAGCAGACAGAAAUGGAGCGGGAAGCCCAGUCCUCUCAGUCUUCAGAGGCUGCUGCAAAAGCAGUGUUGUUAGAGGAGUGCGAGGAGCAGUUUGGACUGCUUCAGAAGCUUCAAAAUGAGAUAAUUCUGGCAGAUACAGAGGCUAAUGAUGAUCAAUCAAAUGAGGCAGUGAAUCGCCUGAUUGCAAUCACAUCUGAGCUAGAGCAAUGGCAAGAAAUGGAACCAAAAUUGCUGACAACAAGUCCUGAAGUCUUAUUAGCAGUUGGUAAAGAAGAAUUGCAAAGACUCAACAAUCAACUUAAAAUGGUCCUGUCAUGCUCGCAAGCAAAGCUGGAUGCCCAGAAAAAGAUUUUGAAAAGGGAGCAGACAUGGCAAGCAGAGAAGAAAGAAGCAUUGAAUGCAGUGUGUGAGAAAAUCACCAGAUUGCAACGUGAAAACGAGAAAUCAGAGCACAGCGUUUUGCAGGAUAUGAAGAGAAAAAUUAACAAUCUGAAGGACUAUCACAGCAGUCUCAUGGAAAUGCUGAGCGACAUGUUAGCUGAGCACUUCCCACUUCCUGAUCCCCAAGGAAACGGCACAAAGAAAAAAAGAGCUGCUGCAUAUGAUGCAGAGAUUAACCUGAUUUCACUGAGUGAGAUUAUCGAGAGAUUGACCAAUAAAUCAUUAGAAACUCCUCAUGACCCUUAUGUGACUACUGAUGACACUUUCUGGCCACCAUACACAGAAAUGCUUCUUCGCAACGGUAUUGCAACACGACAUCCAGAAGAUUGCAGUAAAAUCCGUCUGGAAAAUUUUUUUUGAAUCUAAAGAGCACUUACCUGAAUCUAAUAUGAAAAUUAGAUUGUUUUGUAUGUCUACAGUUAAAUGUCAAUGUCUAUUUUUUUCUUUCAAAUUUGCUUUUGAAAGAUUUUUAUAUGAAACUUGGUCAUUGUGGUAUUUCAUCGCAAAUGGAUGUAUUUUUGAGUUGUGUGUCAAGUUCACAACUUAGAAUGCAUGUCUGUCUUCUAAAGUGUUGGUGGCUAUUUUUACUUUAUACAUGUAUGUACAUGUCAAAAACUGAUUUUUU